CUGCCCGUACUCAAGAUGGCGGCCCCGGCGGGCGGGGCCCACGGCUCGGAGACCGCGCGGAGGAGCGGCGGCAUGGCGGCGGUGGCCGAGGAGCCGAGUCGGGGAUACUGGGACGACGAAGAGGAGGAGGAGGAGGAGGAGGAGGCAGAGCAGUUGGUUCUGGUGGAAUUAUCAGGAAUUAUUGAUUCAGACUUUCUCUCAAAAUGUGAAAAUAAAUGCAAGAUUUUGGGAAUUGAUACUGAGAAGCCCAUUCUGCAAGUGGACAGCUAUGUCUUUGCUGGAGAGUAUGAAGACACUCUUGGGACCUGUGUUAUCUUUGAAGAAAAUGUUGAACAUGUGGAUGCAGAAGGCAAUAAUAAAACAGUGCUAAAAUAUAAAUGCCACACAAUGAAGAAGCUCAGCAUGACAAGAACUCUUCUGACAGAAAAGAAGGAAGGAGAAGAAAACAUAGGUGGUGUGGAAUGGCUGCAAAUCAAGGAAAAUGAUUUCUCCUGUAGACCCAACAUGAUUUGUAGUUUUCUGCAUGAAAAUGAAGAGGAUGAAGUUGUAGCUCCAGACCCAGAUAAAUCUUUGGAGUUGGAAGAGCAAGAGAUUCAAAUGAAAGAUAAUUCAAACCUGAGUUAUGAACAGGAGAAACCACCAAACUUGGAUAUAGAGGAUUCUGGUCCUCUUAUUGAUAUCCCUUCUUCUGAGACAGAAGGCUCUGUUUUUAUGGAAACUCAAGAAACUGCCUUAGAAAUCACUCCUAGAUGAAAUGUUCCUCAUAAAAACUAGUCAUGAUGUUUUUAGAGUUUUUAUAUAAAAUAACUGGCUUUGUAGUUUUCAGUUCACAAUUUUAUUAUUUUUGUUGGCUAUAUACGCAUUUCCAAUUAUAAUAUAGUUUAAUAUACUAGAAUCAUUAAGGACCAGAUACGAGUUUUUAAAAAUAUGGUUUCAAUGACUGUAGGGACCCUUCUGUGAUGAGUCCUUUAAAAGGGGGUUUUACUAAGGUAAGUGUGAGUUUCUAUUGCAGCCAUCACAAAUUACCACAGACUUAGUGGCUAAAGUGUAUUAAGCUACACAAGUGUAUUGUCUUAUAGUUUUGUAGGUCAGCCAUCUGAUAUGGGUCUCACCUGGGCUAAAAUCAAGGUAUUUGCAGAGCUUCAUUCUCUUCUGGAUGUGGCAUGGGGGACUCCAUUUCCUCGUUCAUUCAGUUGUUGGCAGAAUUCAGUUCUUUGCAGCUGAAGGAUCGCGGUCCCAUUUCCUUGCUGUUGGCUGAGAGCCAUUCCCAGCCAAACCACUUCUAGAGGCUGCCUGCAUUCCUUCACUCAUGGUCCGCUUCUCUUCAAAGCCAGCAAUGGUCAAGUCCCUCUCAGUCUUUGAAUCUCUCCUGCUUCUUCCAUAAUCCUAUUGAUGAUGGACCCUUCUGCCUUCUUUUAAAGGUCCAUUUGAUUACACUGGGCACAUCUGGGUAACUUCCCUGUUUUAAGGUCUAUAACCUUAAUUCCAUCUGCAAAGUCCCUUUUGCCAUGUAAUUUAACCAGGCAUAAAACUGAGAAUUAUGGCAUGAAAACAUUUGGGGGGCCAUUUUCCAGUCUACCAAUGUCAGUAUUACUCCUGAGAACAGAAAAAGAAUUCAGAAGUGCUUAAGGGUGAAGGUACAGUUCUGAUAUUCCAGCUGUAAUUUCACUUCUUUCCCACUGAAUAAAGAUGGUUGGAAUUCAGCUGUAACAUUCUACAAUAUUAUGGUGAUAACCUAGAUCUACCCUAACUUGUAUUUUUUAAGUAAAUUAGUCACACACUUUGAUACAGGUUGAACUAUAUGAAAUUACCAAUAUUUGUUUCUGACUAUAAAACUCUGCAAUUUUAUAUGGUUUAACCUGGUACUAAUAAGUUAAAACACUCCUCACGUUAAUUAUAUCUCACAACUGUUGGAGGUGUAACUGUUGUGACAGAUUAGAGAACUAAUGUUCUAGGAUGAGGAAUUUUUUCCUUCAGUAGGUUUUGUAAAUUUUUACUGUUUAUUUGGAAAACAACUUACCCUGAUUAAAAGCAUUUCCAAAUCA